AAACACCCAUAGCCUUCCCCUUGUCCUUUAUAGUUACAAGACAGCCUAAGCUAGGCACACGACCCCGCGCUGAAUGGUGACAAUGUUGUUUUUCCCAGCAAAAGGACCGACUGAGCGUGCUCCUACAAUGGGAAAGGUUUCCUUUCUGCAACUUCUCCUGGCCAUGACGAGGAUUUGCUUGACAAGCAGCCACAUCACCAACCCAGCGGCUGAUGGAACUACACAGUUCGCUGUGAACCUCUACCGAGUUCUUCGUCUAUCCCAGAGAAGUGAGAACAUUCUCUAUUCCCCACUUGGGGCAAUGGCAGCUCUGGGAAUGGCACAUCUGGGGACAAAGGGGAAAGCGCAAAAGGAGAUAAGUCGGCUUUUGAACCUGAAAAACGAUGCCCGUGAAGGCUUCACUCCACUCCAGACACUUUCCUCCAUCACCUCCGAAAGAAAAGAAUUUACAUUUAAUCUUGCCAAUGCCCUUUACCUUCAAGAAGGAUUCAUGGUGAAAGAACAGUAUCUCCAUAGCAACAAGGAAUUCUUUCAGACGGCUGUAAAGCUGGUGAAUUUCCAAGAUACUAAAGCUUCCGCGGAGGCCAUAAGUACUUGGGUAGAAAACAAAACAGAUGGUCAGAUAAAGAAUUUCAUUUCAAGUGAAGACCUUGGUCCCCUCUCUCGACUUCUUCUGGUGAAUGCCAUUUACUUCAAGGGAAACUGGAAACACGAGUUCAAAACAGAGAGCACGAGUCUGAUGGAUUUCACAAAGAGCGAUGGCUCAGUAAUCAAUAUACCCAUGAUGCAUCUUCAGCUCAGAACAAGACUUGGCCACUUUUCUGACCGCAAUGUGAGCUACCAGGUUUUGGAGCUGCCCUACAAAGGGGAGGAAUUCAGUUUAGUUCUAAUCCUUCCUGCAGAAGACGUGCCUAUCAAAGAGGUAGAAAACCUCAUUACAGUGGAGAUGAUAAAAGACUGGUUUGCCAAGAUGGAAGAGGAUGAUGAAAUAGAAAUCAGCCUUCCUAGGUUUAAAAUAGAGCAAAAACUGGAUUUGAAAGAAACUCUCCAAGCUCUCGGCGUGAUCGAGAUAUUUAAUAAUGGAUGUGACCUUUCUGGAUUAACAGAUGCUGCUGAUGUACACAUUUCGCAGGCUAUUCAGAAAGUCUGCAUCGAAGUAAACGAAAAUGGGAGUGAAGCAGCAGCAUCGACUGGAAUGCAUAUGGCAGCGAUCAUGAGCAUGGCACAGAACCAGUUUGUGGCUAACCGGCCAUUCCUCUUUAUCCUGAAGCAUAAUUCAACAGGGUCCAUUAUAUUUAUGGGGAGAUUGGCCAGUCCUGAUGUCCAGUCCAAAAAGAAAAGAGAUAUAGACUCACUGUAAGAAGAAUCACACUCCUAGCAAAUACGUUGGGGGUGUGCAUAAGUGUAUGAAGCCUUCUAUCUCUUAAUACAGCUUCCUGUCAGCAGUUCAUUCUUGCUGUCUCAAUAUAUAAAGGAUUUAGGGAUUUCCAAAUAAAUCUUUGUAUACU